AUGCUGUCUACCACCAUCAAGACCGGCGCCCGCCACUCGGCCCUCCGCACAGCUGCUGUCCCUGCCGCUGCCGCGCGCGCCUUUUCCAUCUGGGGCAACGUCCCCAAGGGCCCUCCUGCUAUCCUGGGCAUCACCGAGGCCUUCAAGGCUGACUCCAACGAGAAGAAGAUCAACCUCGGUGUUGGCGCCUACCGCGACGAUGCUGGCAAGCCCUACGUCCUGCCCUCGGUCCGCGAGGCGGAGAAGCGCGUGAUCGAGAACAAGAUGAACAAGGAGUACGCCGGCAUCACCGGUGUCCCCGAGUUCCCCUCGGCCGCCGCCAAGCUCGCCUACGGCAACGACUCGCCCGUCCUCGACAAGAUCGCCGUCACCCAGACCAUCUCCGGCACCGGUGCCCUGCGCAUCGGCGGCGAGUGGCUCAAGCGCUGGUACUCGGGCGACAAGGUCAUCCGCAUCCCCACCCCCUCGUGGGCCAACCACAAGGCCAUCUUCCAGGACUCGGGCCUGACCGUCGAGCCGUACCGCUACUACAACAAGGACACCAUCGGCCUCGACUUUGACGGCAUGGUCGCCGAUCUCAAGGCCGCGCCCCCGGGCUCCGUCUUCCUCUUCCACGCCUGCGCCCACAACCCGACCGGCGUCGACCCCUCGCCCGCGCAGUGGAAGGAGCUGUCCCGCGUCUGCCUCGAGAUGAGCCACCUGCCCUUCUUCGACAUGGCCUACCAGGGCUUCGCCUCGGGCGACUCGGACGCCGACGCCUUCGCCGUCCGCCAGUUCAUCCGCGACGGCCACAAGAUCCUCCUCUCCCAGUCGUUUGCCAAGAACAUGGGUCUCUACGGCGAGCGCGCCGGCGUCUUCUCCAUCGUCGGCGAGGACGCCGAGGAGGCCAAGCGCAUCGACUCGCAGCUCAAGAUCAUCAUCCGCCCCAUGUACUCCAACCCCCCCAUCCACGGCGCCCGCAUCGCCUCCCAGAUCCUCAACGACCCCAAGCUCUACACCCAGUGGCAGGGCGAGGUCAAGGGCAUGGCUGACCGCAUCAUCACCAUGCGCAAGCUCCUCCGCGAGAAGCUCGAGGCACUGGGCUCCAAGCACGACUGGUCCCACAUCACCUCCCAGAUCGGCAUGUUCGCCUACACCGGCCUCAAGCCCGAAGAGGUCGAGAAGAUUACCAAGAACUACUCCGUCUACUUCACCAAGGACGGCCGCAUCUCCGUCUCCGGCAUCACCAGCAAGAACGUCGACCACCUCGCCGAGGCCAUCUUCCAGGUCAAGGGUUAA